AUGUCGACGUUCAGCUCGAUCUUUGGAUCCUCAGGUGAUAAUGCCAAUGUUGAUAAGAGUAUAGAUCUGUUAUUCAAGGCUUCAAAAGGGCCAGUUUCCAGACAAUAUUCAGACAGGGCCAGAACCGUAAUUAAUAUUCCUAUAGAUGCCGUAAAGGAAGAAUCUGGCGAAGAUCAGAGUGAAAGCAUCGAAGAAACAGAGGAAGAAAAGGAAAGAGAUAUAAAGGCUGAAGCCAAGCGUGCGAAGAAGACGAGACAAAAGAAGGAUUUGAAUGAGGAUUUGGAAUCAAAGUACUACAAUAAAUUGUUAAAGGAACAAGAUGAAGAAGCACCGAAAGUGGAAAAAGCGGAAAGUGAUUCUGGAAGUGAUUCUGACUCGGACGACGAGGAAGACCAAAGUAGUGAAGCUAAGUCCAAGCGUGCCAAGACGGUUGAUUUGAAAGAAAACGAAUUAGCGAAGGCAGAACGUACUGUGUUUGUUGGUAACGUGAAUGCUUCCGUUGUUAGCUCGAAGCCAAUGUAUAAGAAAUUCAAGAAACUUUUUUCGCAAUACGGUAAAAUUCAGUCGAUCAGAUUUAGAUCCAUAUCGUUCGACGACGCCGUUCCAAGGAAAGUGGCCUUCGCAAAGAAAAAGUUGCAUAGUUCUAGAGAUACGUUGAAUGCAUAUGUUGUGUUUGCUGAAAAAGAGCCAUCAUUAAAGUGUGUUUCCAAGUUGAAUGCGACUGAGUUUGAGCAUGCACAUUUAAGAGUCGAUCACGUCGCCCAUCCAGCACCAAAGGAUAACAAAAGGACUAUUUUUGUUGGGAAUUUGGAUUUUGAAGAAAAGGAAGAAACCUUGUGGCGUUAUUUCAACUCUAAGACCGAUAACGAUGUGGAAUCUGUCAGAGUUAUCAGAGACCCUAAGACCAAUGUAGGUAAAGGUUUUGCCUUGGUUCAAUUUAAGGAUACGUUGUCGGUCAACAAGUCAUUGUUACUCAACGAUAAGCCAAUGUCUGAAGAAAAGAAACGUAAGCUUCGUAUCUCGAAGGCCAAGGCACACACCAAACCAUCGAUAUUAUCACCAAACCACAUUGACAACUCUAAGAAGGCAUACGCUUCUAACAGAUCCAAGAUGUCUGCUAAGUUAAGUGACCAGCAAAGAACCAAGUUAGGUAGAGCCCAAACUGUUUUGAAUAAGAGUGAUAGGGCCACCGCUGGUAAGUCCAGAAAUAUUAUUGAAGGUCAAAGAGCUUCCAAGGGGGAUCUGAUCGCCGGUAUCAAGGGCCUCAAGAGCAAUAGGGACAGGAAAAUAAAGAAGCCUAGAAUCAGAGACAGAUCUACCAAAUUUAGAAAUGAAAGAGACUCAAUGGCUUCGGAAUUGAAGAAUGGUCCAAAGAAAUGA